CACAUAUUAUACAUACAGCACGCUAUAUAUUCUCGUGUAUAUACAUUUAUAGGCAACAGUGAGCAACAAAUAACAAUGUCGACGAUGGAAGGUUCACUCAGCAAAUGGACAAAUGUUGUUAACGGAUGGCAAUAUCGGUGGUUUGUUCUGGAUGACAAUGCUGGUCUCUUGUCAUACUACACGAGUAAAGAGAAGAUGAUGAGAGGAGCACGCAGAGGAUGUGUACGUUUAAGAGAUGCAAUCAUUGGUAUAGAUGAUGAAGACGAUAGCACAUUUACAAUUACUACAUCAUCGUACAAAGAUGAUCCAAAAACAUUUCACUUUCAAACACGAAAUGCAGAGGAACGAGAACGUUGGAUUCGUGCUUUGGAAGAUACUAUAUUACGUCAUUCUCAUGCUAGAUGGGAUCCUAAGAAGUCUCCUCCUAGGCAGGAUUUUGAUCGUAAGGUAGCAGAGGCAGAUGCUUAUCUUCAGUUGUUAAUCGAUCAAAUAAAAGUAAUUGAAACGAAACAGACAAGUGCUGCCACAGAGGAUGAAGAAAAACAACAGAAGUACGCGGCAAUUUUAUUGCAAGCGAAUGCAAUGCUUAAUUCUGUUAAACAUACAAUAGUUCAACUGCAAAUUGCAAAGAAUACAGCAAUACCCGUGAAUGGGAUAUAUAGGGGACCCACCGACUCAAUACAUGUUUCAUCUCCUUUAUCUCAUGUUGCUACUAGACAACCAGAAGCAACUGUACAAACUGGAAUUGAACUAGGUUCCGAAUGCGUAGAACCAAGAGUACCUACAUUGCCAAAUGCUGUUGUAGAUAGAGAUCUUCCAGUACCACAAUUUUCUUACUCGUCUUCGGACGAAGAUGAUGAUUAUUAUGAUGCAGCAGACGAAAUAUCACACCCGUCUGCAGUACAAAAUCAUAUUAUUGUACGACGGGAUAGCGAACAAUUACAAACACAUUCAGAUACUAGUUCGAGUGAAAACCGGAAACAAAAUCCGUUACCGCCUAUAAAGGGCGAUGGAUCUGUUGAUUACGAUGCUCUUUACGAGGAGGAAAGCGAAACCGAAAUGGAUUCCAUGGAAUCCCAUGGUUCGGUUGUGACCCAUCUCUUAUCGCAAGUGAAGAUUGGUAUGGAUUUGACAAAAGUAGCAUUACCUACAUUUAUUUUGGAGCGCAGGUCGCUUUUGGAAAUGUAUGCAGAUUACUUCACCCACCCUGAUCAGUUUAUAAGCAUAGCAGAUAUGCCCACCCCAAGAGAUAGAAUGGUUCAGGUAGUUCGCUGGUAUUUAUGUAGCUUCCAUGCAGGUCGCAAAUCAGGAGUGGCUAAAAAACCAUAUAAUCCGAUAUUAGGUGAAAUGUUUAAAUGUCAUUGGGACAUUCCCAAUGAUACCGUAGAUAGUGCAAUUGAUUCGAAAUUAGUCGCUGAAGGUCCUGUACCUUGGUGCAACGAGAAUCAACUUUCAUUUAUCGCAGAACAAGUUUCUCAUCAUCCUCCAAUAAGCGCGUUUUAUGCUGAACAUUACACAAAGCGAAUCAGCUUCGGAGCACAUGUAUGGACAAAAAGUAAAUUCCUCGGAUUGAGUAUAGGAGUACAUAAUGUAGGAAAGGGUUGGGUAAACGUAUUACAAUAUGGAGAAGAAUAUGUAUUAACUUUUCCAAAUGGUUAUGGUAGAUCUAUCCUCACUGUACCAUGGAUAGAAUUAGGGGGAACUGCGACUAUACAUUGUGCACAAACUGGUUUCCAAGCUACUGUAGAAUUCUUAACGAAACCUUUCUAUGGAGGUAAACGUAAUCGAAUUUCGUGUCAUAUUACACAACCAGGAGAUAAAAAACCAUUUAUUUCAAUAAAUGGAGAGUGGAAUGGUGCUAUGGAAGCGAAAUGGAUCGACGGUAGAACUGAAAUAUUUGCGGAUGUCAGAGAACUUCAUACUCAAAGGAAAUUAGUAAAGCCAGUCUGCGAACAAGAAGAACAUGAAUCUCGAAAAGUUUGGCGGGAUGUGACCGUUGGAUUGAGGAUUAAUGAUAUGGAAAAAGCUACCGCUGCCAAGUGUACAAUUGAACAGAAACAACGAGAAGAGGCACGUAUUAGAAAGGAAAAUAAUAUGAACUGGCAAACGAAGCUGUUUAAAGAAACUAAAGAUGGUGGUUGGGUAUACGUAAAACCUCUUGCAGACAGAUUACAUUCGUCCCCGGAUCAAGCGGCAGCAACGUAAAUUCCACAAAAUGUUUCGUCACAGACUUAGAUAUUGCACAGUACUAUAAGUAU